AAUUUCGUACCUGUCAGAGCUUUGGACUACACCUAAUUGUUCAGCGAAGAUUUGAUGAAAGGACAGAUCACACCCCAAACAGGAGGAAUGGAGGGCGAAACGCUACUAAACGUCACUGAAGACAGGGAUCCAGAGAAUAAUAACGCUUAUUUGAAGGUGGCUUAUACAGAUGUGAUCUGCGAGCCAACAGCAGUUCGUAGCCCUAAGUGCAUUCACCAGUUUACCAAAACUAUUUAUGAUGGCACUAUCUUUGGCACUUACUGGGUACUGACCAUUGUAUUCGGCGGCCUUCUGUCCUUUGUCUAUGGCUUAACCUGCGGAGCCCUGAGCUUCAUGAUGAUUUGGGUGGCAACUCCUUUUGUCCGCUUCUGGUUGAUCCCAUUGGGAUUGUAUGGUAAAAUCUGGCAAUUUAUUGUUAGAUGCUUCUACGAUCCCCUGUACGAGUCUUGCGGCAAGAUCUUCGCCAAUAUCAACAUAAACUUUAAUGCCAGAGCUAUCCAACAUGUGUAGCUACAUAUCGUUUUCGUAUUAUGCAAAACUACAGCCUUAAUUAACUGCCUGAGAGUUACUCAUCGUUCGACGGUCACUUGAUGGUUAUCACAGUAUUAUGUCAUAUCUAAACUUGAAAAAAAGCCCCCUAUGGAAUAUAAAUUUGCGUUAUUCUCGUCCCAACUAAGUUACUGUUCAGCAUGAUAUUACAGUUUUUUGGCCUUCAUUAAACAUUUACUAUUUCUUUUCAUUUAGUACCAUCUCUCUCUCGAGUAUGUCCGAUACUUGUCCAUUUGCCUCUAGUUCUUUCUCGUGGCUUUCCACUUUGUCGUUUGUGCGUAGAUCUUCAAAAUCAUUGUCGUUCCCCGCUGGUUGAUCAUUUUCUAUCGAGCACUUCAAUUGGUUCCUCGCACCUUUUGACAGAUCUUCUUAGAGUCAGCAACAAAAACAAUAAGUUUCGGGUUUUAUCUACUGAAACCCACUUGAAGUUAUUUCAUGAAAGCAGUAUAGGACCCCUUUCUUCAGUGAUAUGUACAAGGUGAUAAACACUCUUGGAGUCUUGCAAGAACAUUAAAAAAAUUGGUAAAUCA